GAAGCCGGAGGGAGCGGAUGCACAUCACGUCGGCUCCGUAUUCUACGAAUGUUCUUCUAGCGCAAAUCGCCAAAAAGCCACCCGCUAUUGCACGCCAACGGACUCAGCUCGUUCCCAGGAACAAGUGGAUACCGAAAACCAGGUGGGAUUCCCAUUUUUCAAGCCUCUACGACAGUAUUUUGGCCGGACCUCGUGGCGGCAGAGCCGCGAGGCCACGCGCCGGAGCCGGCUUCCUCAACAUUUGCCGAUCAUUCUCUCAAUGAUGGAAGUCACCGUAGUGGGGCUCAGCAUAUCCCAGGAAGAAAUGGAUACAAGCAAGGGAUGGAAGGAGGUCAGACACAAAAGAUCAGACCGGCGAACCUCCCAACAUCGCGAGAGCACCUUGUCGCCGACGCGGCUCGACAAGCGCAACAAUAACCCAUGGAAAGGCCGGCUAGAGCAAAUACGCAAGGCAAGCAGAAUGCCACAUUUGCCAAGAGGUGAUUACAAGGUUGUGAUCAGACCACGUGGAGGACUCAAAUUAUCCGAGCACGGUAUAGUUCCCCUCACAGCUGCGGUACAAGAUGCGGCAGGUAUUCCUCGAGACGAAAGGGAGGAGGACAUUGUCUGCCCCAACAAUUAUCAAAAUAUCCUCAUCGUCAGUACCUCGGAUCAAGAGCGGGCAAACAAAUAUCAGGAAGUAGCACGUAUCAAGAUUCAAGACAAGUUUUACGAGACCAAUGCUUACGAGACAGCGCCUGACAUGACGGCCAAAGGAGUCAUCAGAGGAAUCCCACUCGACGAGGUCCCAAGAGACAUCAUAGCAGCGGUGGUUACGAGUAAAAACCCAACGGCGAAAGCAGCAAAAAGACUCAGUAACACUACCACAGUGAUUGUGCUCUUUGAAGGACACAAAGUGCCCACGUACGUCCGAUACAGGGCAGCGCUACUCCCUUGCUCCCUGUACAGGAAACAAGUGGAUUUCUGUCAUCAAUGCAACAGACUUGGACAUAGAGGAGAUGUAUGUCCCAACCCUGACAACAAGAUUUGUGCGGGAUGUGGAACAUCAAACCCAGAUAAAGACCACAGGUGCCAACCUAAAUGUCAGUUAUGCGGCGAGGACCAUCCGACCGCAGACAAGACGUGCAAAGCUAAAUUCAAGAAGCCCUUCAUCGUUAAACAGAGACAAUGGCACAGACUGCAACGAGAACGACAAGAAGAACAUGAAGACGCUAUCUCAAGAGAAGACAGAGCAGAGUCUCGCGGAACACUUGGCCUCCUAAACGCCAGGGAACGACGCUCCAGAUCGAGAACAAGGUCUCCAUCCACCACCAGAUCCUUAUCCCGGUCCGGCUCCAGGACACCGGGUACACGAUCCAGAUCCAGGUCCAGAACUAGGCCAUCCUCUUCAGCAAACCAGACUAACACGAAAAUCUACGGGCGCGGUGGUCGGCCGUGCUGCUCAGCUCAGAACUCCAAGACCAACUUUGGGCCGUCCAGCGAGCCAAGGAAGCCGCACGGGAGCAGCAGCUCCCAGUGGCCAUCUAGGCGGCCCCAGUGCAGUGACUCCUGUUCACCUAAAGGCGUGAGUCGUCUGGGCUACACGGAUGCCCGGCACCUGAGCCCGCCUACUGUCCCACGUACACUUCUAUCGACGCUGAGGCCUCGGGACCUGGAUGCCUGCUGCCUUCCUACCAAGUAA